AUGUACACGUCCGCCACCUCCGUCUUCGUGCUCCUUGCUGUAGGAGCUACAGCAAUGGUGCUGCCUCGUGACGACUGCUCAUCCAUUAUGGAAUAUCAGAACCUCGUGCAGAACGCGCCGUUCUCGCUACCGAACGAGGUUGUAGCCAACGCCGAGUGCACAUCGACUUUAACCACAGAGUGCCAAAUAGAAAAGGGCUAUGCUCACACAGUGAGCUUUGAAACCACCAUUAGUGGAAGUGUAAGCGUUGGACUUGAUAUCGAUAAGAUCUUUUCGUUAGGUGUUGAGGCUGGUUUCGCUUUCACAUGGGGUACCGCCGACGAGACUUCAACCGGCAUCACUUUGAUCUGCCCCGAGGGCGGUAUACAGUGUGCCGCGAUGGCUACGGCUCAAGCCGUCAUCAUCACGGGCCAAACUAGGCUGCCACCUGGUGGUCUCGGCUGCCCUGGCGACAACGACUGGCACAACUUCACAAUCCAAGCUCCCUUGAAAAAUGCCCCAAAUGACGGUGGAUCCGUCACUAACUUUCAGAUCUGCUUGGAGAAUUGUGGCAGUGCCGCCUUCCCCGAUAGCUGUGAGACCACGAAAGAAUCGGGUAUUGUUCCCUGUCCUGGAAGCGCGGCAGCGUGUCAGGGGAGCUUUGGUGGUACUUGCAGCUCUAUCCCAACGCCCCCGGCCUAA